GAAGCGGGAAAGUCGAACAUCGCUGCCGUUUGUAUCACGCAGAACAUGGGAACUGUCGAUACUCUUCAAGAAAUAGAAGAUACAGGAGUCGUAGUAUUCCAGUGUGAAAAUUGUAACGUAAUAAUCGGCGACUCAUCCUCUUGGAUGGGAAUAAAUCAAGACCUGAGGAUCAUGAUUUUGGGCUCGGCUAUAAAUGUGUACCAAGGUAGCACCCUGAUAACUUCAACAGAAGGUGCAGAUGUAGGAAGCACAUUUGUCAGACUGAGAUGUUUGAGUUGCAAGGAACUCCUUGGUAAGAUGUAUCAAACAACACACAAGAGUCUGGACAGUAUCAGAGAGAAAUUUGGUUUCGAUGCCAAUAAAAUCAAAAGCUAUGAAGUGGGAAGUGGCAAUCCACCAUCUGUUUCUGGAAGUCAUGAGAGCACCUUGUCCUUUCCCUCCUUCCACGUUGUAGUGCAACAACUUCAAAAGAUGCAGGGUAUUCUUGUUGCCUUGAAUCACAGAGUCGGCUACUUGGAAUCAUUAGCCCCUCCUGACCCAAGUGUCGAGGCAUCACAACUUCCAAGUAACAAUACACAAGCAGUUGCGCCAUUUGUGCGAAAAAACUCCAAUGGCGUUUCACAGCCAAACAGCAGAAAAACUAAAGCAGAUUCUCCAGUGCCCUCACCUAGUCAUGGAAAAAGGAAUAAAUUAGGCUGAGGUGGAGGAUGGUAUUGGAGCAUUGUGUGCCAAAAACAGUUUUGUUUAUAGAAAAGUGAGAAAGUCCUCACAAAUGUUAAAACACAAGUUUUGUUCUUACAAAUGUUUACUUUAUUUAGUCAAAAAGGAGACAUGUUCUUACAAAUUUGUAGUGAACAUAGACUUUCUGUCUGUAAUUUAGUUCGUUAAUAGAUUUGGUUUAAAUUGCAAGCAUUUUUUCCUGAUGAUCAGCAAACAGUUGUAUUUACAAAAAGCCUGAGCCUAUAAUUUUCACUUUAAAAACAUGACUUCUGAUUCAAUUACUAAAGGGUUUUAAAAACAUUUAGGUAAUUGUUGUUGCUACCAUUAUCAGUUUGUUUUGAAAAAGUUGUUUGAAAUCAAUAAUUCACAUUCUGGAUGACUUUCCAGGGCAUGUUUCAUGGAUUGCUUAGUUAACUUGACUACUGCUGACAUUUCUUUGGCAACCAUCUGGAAUUCUUUAUUUCCAUUUGUGUUAUCCAUACCUGAAGAGAAAAAAAAGUUGCAAAUAAAACCAAAAUAAAAAUAUUAAAAUGCAUUUUUGAACUGAUCUCUAUGGGGAGAAAAGGGAAGGUAAUAUUUAAAAUGAAUUUUUGCAACUCCAUACAUAAGCCCAGUAGAGUGGUGAUGUUAAUGUCUCGCAAAAAUACUCCAGUAGAGAAAAGCAUACAGAACUAGCCAGAGACGUCUGUAUAUAUCUAACAAAAAAUCAAUCUCUGGCCCAGAUAAAGGGAGAUUUAUUCCAAAACUAGAAUGAAUUACAUGUCAUUUCUAAUGUAUCUCUUACCUAUCAGGCUUCCAGCUCUGUAUGUUUUUGAUUGUUCCUGCUGAAUGACUGAUAUCUCUCCCUUUAAGAUGAACAAACCACAUGUUUCAUCUACAAAAAACGUAUAUUUAUAACAUUAUCAAUAUUUCUGGUGUUUUUAGUUAUCUAGCACUUCUUAACUAUUACAAAUAUAAGAAUAGCCUUUUCUUUCUGUUGAUUGAAGCUUACUGAAAAGUUUCAUCCCUUAUGUUUUCACACUGCAUUUACACCAUUUCCAUGUGUUGUCAUCUUUAAUUUACACAGGAUGUAUUUUGGGUUUGGGUUGAUUUAUUAUAACAAAAACCCUGUUUAUUAUGUUAUCAUAUUUUACUCCUUUUUUACCAUAUUUUUUUCUGUAAUAUUGUAAAUCACACUGGCCAUUGUGUAUUUGAUAACAAUAAACCUAUAUAUCUAAA